CUUGGUGUGAACUUCCUGUUUCUCAGAGGUUAAACAGUUGCUCUGCAGAGUUCAGUAUCAGUCGUUGUUUGCUGAUACGGUAGCAAUUUGGGUUUUGCGUAUUUCAACCAGGCUGUUCAAACAACAUGUCACUGAUAUUCAUCCAAUAAAACUCUGUUAAACAUCUGAAGCCACGAUGAAGAUUGCCGCCUUCAAUGCCAAGAACCUGGGAUGGAAAAAGGUCACAGACAAAACUGUCGUCCGCUACCUCACCAAGAUCAUGUCUCAGUACAGUGUGGUGCUGAUACUGGAGGUGGUGGAUAAGAGCGGUAAGGCCAUGGAGAAGUUACUUGAAGAGCUCAACAGCACCAGCUCUAACCGAACCCGUCCCUACUCCAUAAUCGCCAGCUCCCAGCUGGGUCGAGACACCUACAAGGAGCAGUUUGUUUGUUUCUACAGAGAGGAUGAGGUGACGCUGGCAGCUUGUCACCAGUAUGAAGACAAUCAGGCUGGAGAUGUGGACGCCUUCGCCAGAGAGCCCUUCAUCCUGCGCUUCAGCUGUCCGACUACAGUUGUGAAAGAUCUGGUGCUGAUCCCAGUCCACACCAAGCCGGAGGACUCGGAGAAGGAGCUGGACGAGCUGCACGAUGUGGUUGUCGCUAUCAGGAAGAAGUGGGGAACUGAUAAUAUUAUGAUUUUGGGGGACUUCAAUGCGGAUGGACGUUAUCUCUCCAAGAAGAAGAAGGACAAGAUUCGAAUCUGCUCCGCUCCCUACCAUUGGCUGAUAGAGGAUGAUGUCGACACGACGUCCAGUAACUGUAAUGACCACACCUAUGACAGGAUCGUCGUGUACGGGCAGACCGUACUGGAUGCCAUUGUCCCCGGCUCAGCCAAGUCCUUCAACUUCCAGAGAGAGUUCAAGCUGACCGACGAGGAAACUCGCAGUAUCAGUGACCACUACCCUGUGGAGGUUGAGCUGAGGACCAAUCAGAAAGCACCGAGACAAAGGAACAUGGCUCUGUCCCAAACCACAAAGCCAACGUCCACCCAAAGACGAACCCCAAAGAAAGGACGACAGCAGAUGAAGAAAGCCGAGCCGUCAGCUGUACAGAAGAACAGUAAGAAGAAGAAGACAAUCAAAAGGAAGAGAGGACAGUCAUCGGACACACCGGCCAAGAGAAGACGUUUAGAGAAACGAUGAAUAAACUGACAUUUAAGUCAGAUUUUGCUUCUAUUAAUAAUUUUAAAUGUGUUAUUAGAGUUAAAAAUAUGAUGUGUUGCAGCUUCACAACAGACACAGCAGGUAGUUUACUUUGAUAGAGAGUUUUUACUGUAUUGAUAUUGUCAGCCAUCCAGGUGAAUCUGCUGUAGCAAUGAGGCUUUAAUAAAAGUUAU